AUGCCUCCAAAAGCUGUGCGCGGCGGUGCUGGACGAGGCAGAGGCCGAGGGAGAGGAAAAGCUACAGCUUCAGAUCCAGCAGCAGCAGACUCCCCGGCACCAGAUGUCCAGAUGGCAGAUGCCCCAGCAAGCCAAUCUGAAACAGCCCCGGCCUCAGAAGCUCCAGCGCCAGCGGUCUCGACUCCCCAGCUCAGCGAAACCGGCGAUAACUCAUUUUCCCCCAACUCCUCACCAGCGACCAUUCCUACGGAAACUCCAGCUCCGACACCCGCGCACUCAGGUCCUGGGGCUUCUUCAGGAGCUGCGACCUCACAACCUGCGUCCGAUGCUUCUUCUGCCAGUAAGGCGGGUCCGUCGACCAGAGGUGGUAGAGGAGGCGCAAGAGGUGGCGCAAAGGCCCCGAGCAAGUUCAAGCCGAAAGCUAACAGAGCCGAUGCGACGAAGCUGGCAGAGCUUGCGAGGAAAGAAGAGGCAAGAUUGGCUGGAAUUGCGGCUACGAAGGCGAGAGAGGAAGCUAGGGCUCUGAGGGGCAGGGGGAGACCGGCGCGCGGACGAGGAGAUGCUAUGGGGAGAUCUAGUCGGGGAGGCGGGGGCUCGGGGCUGUUUGGAGCUCUCCCAGAGUCUAUAAAGAAUUCUUCUACCGGAUUCACGAGACUUGGAGGGGGUGGAGGGGGAGGUGGAAGUGGUGUGUCCGGUAUCAAGACGGAAUCGGGACCUUCACGAUCAGGUGGAUAUACAGGUGGCGGAGGAGGUGGAGGUGGAGGAGGAGGGAGAAUGGGCGGAUUCAACAAAGACUAUGUCCCUGAACCUCACUACCCGGGCGAGGACGGAGACGCCCCCCGAGUUGAUAUUGCGAUGAUAAAUCUCGUUCCCGAAGACGAAGACGACGAAAUCCAGUACAUUGGUACGAAGUCAAUCAGAAAGACCGGUCUGAGGCCUGUCCGUCUGGAUCGUCACGAGCACAAGGCACGAGUAACAAUUGUCAAUACGGGACCGGUUAUCAAGAUAGAGGAUGACGAAGACGGCGUCGAGGUCGACGAGACACGAUCCUCCUCGAGGCCAGGACCCGCGGACACUAGGAUGGGUGACCCUAGAGACGAGAUUAGCAUCAAGACAGAACCUGGCUUGGCUGCGACUUUCCGUCACAUCUCCCCUGAUUCAACCAGCACCGUCGAGCCCCUGUCCCCAGAAUCAAAACGCAAGGUCAAGCCGGAGUUGAAAAUGGACGACGAUGCUGCUAUGACUGGAGUAUUAGGAGAAAAGAAGGCACAACCCAAGAAGAAGCGGGCUCACAAGCAAGUCAUCCAGACCGAAGAAGACAAAGCGGAGUAUGAGCGUCAUCUCGAGGACGUUGCCAUUCUCGCCAGUGAGCUUGGCGGCCUGCAAGGGAAUCUUACAGACAAAAGCAAGGGGACCGAUGGUCAGGAGGAUGUCCUGAUGGAGGAAGCUGCCCCGAAGCCAGAAGACAAGCGAUCCGGCAGACUAUACCUUUUCCAAUUCCCACCCAUCUUGCCGGAGCUGUACGAUCCUGUCAAAGGCAAACCGAUUGACCCAAAGAAGAUGCACGACUUGAGCGCGGAUGGAAAUGGUGACGUCGAGGUUUCAGGCACCGGAACAUCUGCAAAGAGUAAAGCCAAAGCCAGGGACCGCGCCGAUCUCACCGGAGAGUCUGUUGCUAUUAAGAUGGAAGAAGAAACCAUUUCAAUCGACAAAGCCAAGAUGGAAGAGGAAAAAAGGAGCAAGGGGAAGCGUACACCAUACGUCCACGAGGAAGGCUGGAUCGGCAAGCUAGUUGUACGCCAGAGCGGUAAAGUCGAACUGUCUUGGGGAGGUGUCAACUUGCUUGUCGGACGUGGAGUCGACGCUGGGUUUUUGACGACCGGCAUUGUUGUCGAUGGCCUUGAGAAAGGACCAGUAGGCGGUGGAGCACCUGAAGGUCGGGCAAUGAGCAUGGGGCAAAUUAUGGGCAAAUUUGUGGUCACCCCGGACAUGGAGAACCUGGUUUGA